UAACUAGUCAUUAUGCACACAACGAUCCAGGUAAAAACAUCUCCAAUCAUGCAACAAAGAAUUCUCUUACUGCUUUAAAAAAUGCAUUCACCAAUAUGGUUGUAGAUGGUCUUGCACCAAGAGUUGCGGACGGUGAAAAAUACUUUCAAAUAUGUUGGACAAAUUAUGAUGUUUAAGAUAUUAUGGUUAUAAAAUGGAGAAUGAAAAGAAAAAAGAUUCAAAGCCUGAAGAGGUUCUGAAAGUUCACAAACAUCACAAACAAGGUUAUACCUACAUGUCAUCUGCUUUAGAAUUGGAUGAAAGUCAAGUGGGAGUGGAAAAUUUACGAAAAGCUGCUGAAUUGUACGAGAAAGGUAUUCAUGAAUUUAGAGAAGGAAUUUCUAUUAAGCUAGAUGGCGUGGGAAGUGAUUAUGAUAAAGCUCGUAAAUUACAAGAAAAAAUGGAAAGCAAUUUAAAAGAUGCUGAGUCAAGAAUUGUUGAAAUAACUAUUUUACUCGAAGACUUGCGGAAUGACCAGAAAACAGCUUCCUUGUCUUCUAAAGGUCAUUCAGGCAAACCAGCUGGAAAAUUUUUUAAAACACUAUUAAAUGGAUCUUCUGGACCUUCCACACUAAAAGGUUCAAGUUCAAUGGCAAACAAAACUAAUGGAGUUUUGCCAAAGUCUACAGCACCGAAAAAGCCUCCUUUUCGCCCUGCUGGCGUUUCUGCGCCAUCAAAAAAUCAAGUUAAAUGUAAAGGUCCAAAAGAACCUUCAACAGAACAGCACAAAAUAAUAUCAAAUUUAAAAAACGUUGACUCAAAGCAUGCAAAUUUAAUUUUAAACGAAGUUAUUGAAAAAGGGAGAGGUGUCUCAUUUGAUGAUAUUGGUGGGAUGGAGAAAGCAAAACAAACAUUACAUGAAAUAGUAAUACUACCUGCAUUGAGACCUGAAUUAUUUACAGGUCUUCGUGCACCCGCUCGAGGUUUGUUGUUAUUUGGACCACCUGGAAAUGGAAAGACACUUCUUGCCAAAGCAGUCGCGACAGAAGCUAAUGCUGUGUUCUUUAACAUUAGUGCAGCUUCACUAACAUCGAAAUGGGUCGGAGAAGGAGAGAAAAUGGUGCGUGCCAUGUUUGCUGUUGCACGAGAAUUACAACCAGCAAUUAUUUUUAUCGAUGAAAUUGAUUCCCUGCUAUCAGAACGCAAAGAAAAUGAAAACGAGGCUACCAGAAGAUUGAAGACAGAAUUUCUUGUUGGAUUCGAUGGUGUAAUUAGUGAAAGUCAAGAAAGAAUUUUAGUAAUGGGUGCAACAAAUCGACCCUGGGAACUUGACGAUGCAGCAUUAAGACGUCUGGUAAAGCGAGUUCACGUGCCUUUGCCGAGUCAUGAGGCGAGAAUAGAUAUUUUGAAGAAGAUCCUUUCGAAGCAUCCUAAUGUAUCAAUGUCUGUAAAUGAUCUUAACACUGUCUCAAGGAAAACGGAAGGGUAUUCUGGCAGUGACUUAGCAGCUCUUUCUAGAGAGGCCGCACUUGUGCCAAUUAGAAAGUUAACUCCUGAUCAAAUAAAAUCCGUACCCGCAGAUAAGGUUCGCGGAAUGAUUGCUGAAGAUUUCAUAGAAGCAAUGAAAACCAUCCGACCGAGCGUUUCUGGAGGGUAUCUAAAAAAAUUCGAUGAGUGGAAUGAAAAAUACGGAAGUGUAUCUUAAGAUUACGACUGGCGAUAAAAAUUCACGACAGCCGAUAAAAAUUUACGACAGCUGAUAGGAUGCGUUCGUAGCUUUCGCAAUACACGUAAUAACAGCUAAACAUUAACAAUUCCAGAAUAACGUUCAUAUUUUCUGAGUAUUAAAGGAACAUUUGCACACAGUAGCUUUAUGAUUAAAUAAAUGAAUAUCCUAAAAA